AUGCUCAGAACAGAAAAAACUGCCUGGCGUUUGGGAUUCCUACAUACCUUUGCUUUCUAUCUGUUUCUGAGUGACUGUUUCGCACAGAUCCGUUAUUCUGUCCCUGAGGAACUUACUCGGGGAGCCUUUGUAGGAAAUCUUGCUAAGGAUUUAGGAAUGGAUGUAACAAAGCUUGCAGCUGCCAAUCUGCAGGUGCUUUCUGAUUCCGACUUCCAGUAUUUCUCUGUGAAUGUGAACACUGGAAUCAUAAUAAUCAAUGACAGAAUAGACAGAGAGCAGCUUUGUGGCCAGAACCUACGGUGUUUCUUGCAUCUUAAACUUGCUAUUGAAAACCCGGUGGAGUUCUAUCGCAUCGAAGUGGAGAUUCUGGAUAUCAACGACAAUGCUCCUGAAUUCUCAAGUAGCACAAUUGUUCUGCAGAUCUAUGAAUUGGCUGCCCUGGGUGCCCGUUUCCCUAUUCCACAUGCACAGGAUCCAGAUAUAGGAACAAAUACUUUGCAAACGUAUCACCUCAGCAUCAAUGAGAACUUCAGCCUCAAUGUGAAGGCACGCACCGAUGGCACCAAAUUCCCAGAACUAGUUCUGGAGAAAACAUUGGACAGAGAACGUGUGGCUGUCCACAAUUUGAUCCUGACAGCUGAAGAUGGGGGCACAUUCCCCAGAUCUAGCACUGUACAAAUUGCUGUCCAUGUUCUGGAUGCUAAUGAUAAUCACCCAGUUUUUGACAAACCCACUUACAAUGUCCGCUUGGUAGAAAACUCUCCUCCUGGGACACUGGUGAUUAAGCUGAACGCAACCGACUUUGAUGAAGGGUCUAAUGGACAGGUACGGUAUUCCCUCAGCAGUCAUAACUCUGAAGCAUUGUGCAGAAUAUUUGCUAUUGAUAAUAUCACAGGAGAAAUCCGUGUUCAAGGGAGUCUUGAUUUUGAAGAGGCCAGCAUAUAUGAAAUUGAAGUGGAAGCUAAGGACAUGGGUUCACCUACCAUGGAACAGCAUUGCAGUGUUAUUGUAGAAGUGACAGAUGUCAAUGAUAAUGUCCCUGAAGUCAUUCUCACAUCUUUCUCCAGUUCCAUGAGUGAAGAUGCACCUCCUGGCACAGUAGUUGCUGUGAUACAUGUCAAAGAUAGAGACUCUGGGGAUCAAGGGAAAGUCCAGUGUGAUUUGUCAAAAAAUCUUCCUUUUAAACUUCGGAAGGAUUUUGAGCACCAGUAUUCCUUGCUCAUUGGUGAGCAACUGGACCGUGAGAACUCUUCUCAAUACAAUAUCACUAUCUGUGCCUUUGACUUAGGAAAUCCACCUCUCUUGCAACAGACAUCUUUCUCCAUUACUCUGGCAGAUAUUAAUGAUAAUCCACCUCAGUUUGACAGGUCAUUUUAUGAAGUCAUCAUAGAAGAGAACAAUCCAGUAGGAGUGAUUCUCCUUAAGGUUUCUGCAACAGAUGCAGAUAAAGAUCAGAAUUCCCAGCUAUCUUACAUUGUUUUGACCAGUCCAGGACAAGAAUUGAUUGAAGAUCUCACUUCUUUCAUCUCCAUUAACCCAACAAAUGGGGAAGUUUUUGCAGAAAGCUCCUUUGAUUAUGAGUGUACCAAUCAUUUUCAGUUUCAGGUAGAAGCUUGUGAUGGUGGUUCUCCUUCUCUCUGCAACAGGGUUAUGGUGCACAUUUAUCUACUAGAUCAGAAUGAUAAUGCUCCAAAGAUUCAGUUUCCUUUUACUGGGAAAGAUUCAGUUGUACAAUUCAGGAUUCCUCGAUCUACUAUGGCCAAAGCAUUAAUCACAAAAAUUAUGGCUGUGGACUUUGAUUCUGGGCAAAAUGCUUGGCUCUCUUAUCAUCUAAAACAAGCCACAGAUCUUAGUCUGUUUAGCAUAAGUCUUCACAGUGGGGAAAUGAGGACCUUACGAAUAAUACAGGACCUAGACAAUCCUACCCAGGAACUAGUCAUAGUUGUCCAAGAUUCAGGAGAACUUUCCAUGUCUACCUCAGUUACUGUGAUCAUAUUCCUGGAAGAGAGCGCUUCUGAAGUGUUUCUAGGGUUAACUGCACACUCUGUGGAAAGUGAGAGACCGCCCACAUUGACUUUAUAUCUUAUUAUCUGUUUGGCAGCAAUUUCUACUAUCUUGUUGAUUGCUUUGGUGGCCCUGGGAGCAAGAUGUCUUCACUGUGAUGCUUUUGCAACAUCUACUAUCUUUGGAUGCUGUGGAGGUAAAGCUAGUGGACUUGAAAAUGUCCCAGAUCAUAUGACGGGACAUUAUCAUUAUCAGCUGAGCCCUGGAGAUGCCAUGAUUGGAGUACAGGUAGCCACUUCAGGACCUCCAGUGAAAGGAUACAGAUCUUGUUUUUCUCCUGUUUCAGAUAUCAGCGAGUUUGUGUUUAUGAAACCUAAUUUGACUCUUAGGGCAGCCUCUUGCAGCAAUCUAACUGAAGCCAGCUUCUUUCAUAAGUCUGUGCAAGCUCUUUUGGCCAACAGUACCCUUGGGACAGCUCUCUCUGCUGUGCUGUAA